UACCAGAACUAAUAGGCAAAAUUAUGUAUUUUGUUUGGUUUUGGUUGAAAUUCGCCUUUUUUUCGGCAAACUCUGCCAAAACUAAUAAAGCUCUGUGCGAGUUUUGCCACCUGGAAGAUCCAUAUCAGAAAGCCAGUAUGGGUGUGGGUGUCGGUAUUGAUGUAAGCGUGGAUGUUGAUUAUCUAUUGAUCCACACCGACACCCAACUCCACACCCUCCUCUCAACUUCGUUCUUGAAUGCUGGCAUGUGGCCAAUUUCAUCAUAUUUUUUUUGAUAUUUCAUUGGUAAGAGAGAGAAGAUUCAGCAAAGAAAAUGUGAUAUUUGUUUGAUAAUGGUUUGAUAAGAUAAUAAAACGAGAGAAAGAGAAACAUACCUAUUUGAGUGGUGUGCGACGAUGUGGCGACAAAACAACAUUUGUCCUGCAUUAUUUUCUCUUGAUUAUUUAUUGACGCAGAUUUGACAAUUAUUUCUACGCAUCUAACAUAUCCCCCGCCAACAUUCAGUUGUUAUUCCGUAUAUCAAUUAUCACAAUUAGUGUACGACGUGUAGAAGCAUCACUUUGUGUACUUUCAAUUCCAAACUCUCUCUUUCUUCUUCUAUGAGCGUGCUUUGAAACCUAUUGUAGAUUGACCCUGAGAUAAAUAUGGAAAAAUCGAUUGAACUAAACGAUCCGCAAGAGCAUCAUAACCGUGAUGACUGGUGUGAGAUCACUACUUGUAAUGCGAAUUCAGAUGCAACUUCCAUAAAUGGACCGGACACAAACACAGAAAUUGAGGAAACUGCCGUAACAACAACUGCUUUAUUUUCCAUUAAGUGAGUGCAUGCCUAUAACUCUUGAUCGUUUGACAUCAUGUUUUUUAGUGUCGACAUGAAAAAUAUCUUGCUAGAUGACAACACUGAAAACAUCAAGAAAAAAAAUAAACCUGAGCUCGUCAGCUUUGCUAGUCUAGUAAUAAUUACAUGUUUUGAUUUCUGUCCUUUGGAAAUGCUCAAUGUUAUCUCUUUCUUUGCAGUUUCGGUUCGCGAAAAUAGCCGAUGUUUUCUACAUGUUAAUUGGCACAAUUGCGGGUAGCAUAUUAAUUUUAUUUGAAAUAUUCAUCAUUUCUUUUUUGGUUUCUAUUUCAUUCAGCUCUUGCUAAUGGUGCUGCCUAUCCUUUGAGUAAGUUUCACUAUACUACUUCCGUAUACAACAAAGUUCAUUGAAUUAUUGGACGAUCCAUUUUCUCACGAAAAAAGUUUUUCUAUUUGCUUCGUGAAAAAUACCUUUGCUCGUCUUUGGACAUCCUUCAAAAUCUGGAGUAGGUAAACAAGAGUAUUUGUAGAAAUGCUAGCUUUCACAGUUCUUCUCUCGAAUAACCGUGAAUAACUUCUAGAAUAGAGAAGAGUCGUCUGUAUACUGCUGCUUUUACAUAUUUUCGCCGUACAGAAUUCGUGAACUCCUAGUUCUAUCCGAUGUCAAUGAAAACAUAGCAAUGUGUCCGAAUCUCACCAACAUUUUAACGUACCUAUGAAUAGGCUUUUGCAUCGUUACAAUCAGAGACGAUCAUCGAAGAUUUCAGACAUUUCUAGUUAUGAUCAGUAGUUUUUGCAGAAAACAGUGAAGAUACAACCCAAGAUCUGUCCGUAUUUGAUCAAGAACAUGAAACCCACGAGUUUUUUUCCCGUAGAAGAUCCUUAACAAUUUUCUGAAUUUUUUGACAUUUUCUCAUCAAGCAAAUUUUCCUGACUGUUUCAUCUAUGUCUAAUACACAGUUGGGCACUUCAUAGUGUUGCUCAUGUUCGGCAAUAUGUCGGACGUAUUCACCAAUCGAUCAUUUGACCUGUGCAAAUUGAACUUUACCGAGCUUGAUCAUUUCUGUCCGCCCGGCGUUAAGCUUACUGCUCAGAAUUUUCUAAACGAAUACAAGUAAGAUCUCUCUAUUCUCUUACACUCUUCUCGAUCUAUUUUAUCAUUCAGAAAAUGUAAUUUUUCCGGCACCAACUUCACUGUACCGGAAAACACAUUCACAACAAAAAUUCGCGAACAGGUCCUGUGGUUCAUUAGUAAGUUUUCUCUCGUCUUCUACAUCUGUCUUACCCAUUUCUAGUCAUUGGUGGUGCCACCAUGGUUAUUGGCUACUUUCAAGUUGCUUUUUGGUCAAUGACUUGUGAACGACAAACACGUCGUCUUCGCGAAGUUCUCUUUCGAGCAAUUCUUAACAAAGAAAUUUCAUAUUUUGAUAUAAACAAAAGUGGUGAACUCAAUACACGACUGAUUGAAGAUGUGAACACAGUUCAUGAUGGAAUAGGUGACAAAGUCAGCUCGGCACUUCAAUUUUUUGCUACUUUCAUUGGUGGUAUAGCUCUUGGAUAUGAACAACAUUUGAGAACAGUCAAAAUGAAUGGUAUUCGUAAAGGAGCCAUAACUGGCGCUUUUUUGGGUUUUCGAUUUCUUAUCAUCUUUUGUGCCUAUGCGCUCCCAUCAAAAAUUGCAAGUAACUCUGAAAGGGGAAUCAUAGCUGAUGAGUUGGUUGGUGAUGUCCAAUUUACAAAUGUUAGUUUUGCCUAUCCAUCUCGACCUGACGUAUCCGUACUUAAUGGACUAUCAUUCAGUGCUCAGCAAGGCGAAACAAUAGCGCUGGUUGGAACAUCUGGUUGUGGAAAGAGCACAUGCAUGCAACUCUUGCAGCGAUUCUAUGAUCCGAUACGUGGAUCGGUGAUGAUCGAUGGCCAUGAAGUGAAUGAAUACCAUCUCGGUUGGCUUCGACAACAUAUCGGGGUUGUAUCUCAAGAACCAAUUCUUUUUCAAACAACCAUCGCAGAAAACAUUCGAUUUGGACGAUUGGAAGCAACCCAACAAGAUAUUGAGGAUGCUGCUCGUAUAGCCAAUGCUCAUGAUUUCAUAAUGACACUACCUCAGAAAUACGAUACACUUGUCGGUGAGCGAGGUGCUCAAAUGAGUGGAAGUGCUUUGGAUACAGAAAGUGAACGUAUAGUACAGGAUGCUCUUCAUCAUGCUUCGGAAGGAAACCAUCAAUCAUUAAUGGAUAUGAAAGGCAGUUAUUAUGGUCUUGUCGAAUCACAGAAUUUGCGUAUGAAUACCAGCGACGAAACAGAACUUGAGAAUGAAGACGAAGAUGAUCUGAUAGCUGAUAAAAGAGACAAUCGAACAUCAUCGUUGGGUGAUGAAGAUCGUCAUGCAGCUGAGACAACAUUCGAAGAGAGACAAGAUGGCCAGACAGAAGCUCAAGAUGAUAAAAAUAUCAAAAACUUUCUCUUUAGCAUCUCUGGUGAAGCACUCACACAACGACUUCGAGCAAAAAUAUUUCGAUCGUUAUUACGACAAGAAGUUGCCUAUUUUGACAAAUCCGAAAAUAGUACAGGUGCUCUAUGUACUCGAUUGUCUACGGAAGCAUCGGCUGUACAAGGAGUUGGUCAAGCAGUUUCGUUAUCACCCAAUUAUUCGAAAGCUAUUGAUGCAUCAAAACAUAUUUUAGCUCUUUUCGAGCGUACUCCUGAAAUUGAUAAUGGAGCGACUGAUGGUGACACAUUCGAAAAUCUCAAAGGUGAAAUCGAUUUUGUCGAUCUCCAGUUUCGCUAUCCAAAUCGACCUGAAGUAGCAGUACUCAAACGAUUUAAUUUGAACAUUAAACCGCAUCAACAAGUGGCACUUGUCGGUGCAUCCGGAUGUGGUAAGAGCACAACAAUUCAACUCAUUGAACGCUUUUACAAUCCGACAAGUGGUCAAUUGUUAGUGGGUCAUCAUGAUGUUUCAUCGCUUAAUCUUCAAUGGUGGAGAAGUAAAAUUGGUUUUGUCAGUCAAGAGCCUAUUUUAUUCGAUGCAUCGAUUCGUGAAAAUAUUGCCUACGGUGAUACAUCUCGAUAUGUGUCAAUGUAUGAAAUUUGUGAAGCAGCUAAAAAUGCAAAUAUCCAUCGAUUCAUUGAAAGUUUACCAGAACAAUAUGAGACAAAUGUCGGAGCCAAAGGAACACAACUUUCUGGUGGUGAAAAACAACGAAUUGGUAAAAAAACAUCCUUCUUCUCUUAUUUCUCAAAAGAGAAAGGUUAUUCAUUGUUAUGUUUAGCUAUUGCACGAGCAAUUAUUCGAAAUCCGUCUAUUUUGCUUCUUGACGAAGCGACGAGCGCUCUUGACACUGAAAGCGAACGAAUCGUACAAGAGGCACUCGAUCGAGCAUCGAAAGGACGAACGACAAUUGUAAUUGCUCAUCGUCUAUCAACAAUUCAAAAUUCCGAUGUUAUUUGUGUACUUCACCGUGGUCAUAUCGUCGAGCAAGGCGUACAUGAUGAUUUAUUAGCAAGAAAAGGAUUCUACUAUCGAUUGGCACAAGCCAAGAAAUGA